AUGCUGGCCCUGCGGCUGCUCAACGUGGUGGCCCCCGCCUACUUCCUUUGCAUUUCCCUGGUGACCUUCGUCCUGCAGCUCUUCCUCUUCCUGCCCAGCAUGCGUGAGGACCCCACAGCCACCCCGCUCUUCUCGCCUGCCGUGCUUCACGGGGCGCUCUUCCUGUUCCUCUCAGCCAAUGCCCUGGGCAAUUACAUCCUGGUCAUCCAGAACUCCCCAGACGACCUGGGUACCUGCCAGGGAACCUCAUCCCAGCGAUCUCAGUGCCCACCACCCAGCGCCCACUUCUGCCGAGUGUGCUCCCGAGUCACGCUGAGGCACGACCAUCACUGUUUCUUCACUGGCAACUGCAUCGGUAGCAGGAACAUGCGCAACUUCAUCCUGUUCUGCCUCUACACCUCGCUGGCCUGUCUUUACUCCAUGGUAGCCGGCGUGGCCUACAUCUCAGCUGUCCUUUCCAUCUCCUUCGCCCAUCCCCUGGCCUUCCUCACGCUCCUGCCCACUUCAAUCAGCCAGUUCUUCUCCGGAGCUGUCCUCGGUUCUGACAUGUUCGUCAUCCUCAUGCUCUACCUCUGGUUUGCCGUCGGUCUGGCCUGCGCGGGUUUCUGCUGCCACCAGCUGCUGCUGAUUCUCCGGGGGCAGACCCGCUACCAGGUUCGAAAGGGGGUGGCGGUGAGAGCCCGGCCCUGGCGCAAGAACUUACAGGAGGUCUUCGGAAAGAGGUGGCUGCUGGGCUUGCUGGUCCCCAUGUUCAAUGUCGGGACCGAAAGCUCCAAGCAGCAGGACAAAUAG